GCUCUGAUUCAAAAACGCGUGAACCUCAAGCGUCGUCGUUUUACAUUGAUGUCGGCACAGGAGAGGCCGACGUCAUCGUCGUCGGCCACGGUGGAUCCGCUUCUUAAGGAUCUGACGGAGAAGAAGCAGAACUUCCGGCGGAACGUGGUGUCUCUGGCGGCGGAGCUCAAGGAGAGUUUGGAAAUAGAAGUCAGAAGAUUGGAGAAUGAUUUAGAUGAAAGAACUGUGCAGCUGGAGGCUUCAACUUCUGCUUGUGCGAUGUAUGUCAAAGAAUUGGAUGAUUUGAGAGUCCAACUUUCAAAUACUCGAGCAAUUGCAGAUGCAUCUGCACAGUCCGCUCAAUCAGCACAUUUGCAAUGUUCGGCACUGGCGAAAGAAUUAGAGGAGAAAAACUGCUCAAUCAAAGAGCACGAGGUUCGUGUGAAUAAAAUGGCAGAGCAACUGGACCUUCUGCAGAAGGACCUUCGAGCCCGUGAAUUUUCCCAAAUGCAGCUAAAAGACGAAGUCUCUAGAAUCGAACAUGAGAUCAUGCAGUCACUAGCAAAGGCAGGUGCAAACAAAGAUUGCGAGCUCCGCAAGAUUUUAGAUGAGGUGUCACCCAAGAAUUUCGAAAAUAUGAAUAGGCUUUUAACGGUAAAAGAUGAAGAAAUAGCUAAGCUGAGGGACGAGAUUAGGAUCAUGUCCACCCACUGGAAGCUCAAAACUAAAGAGCUGGAAUCUCAGCUGGAGAAGCAGCGUAGGGUGGAUCAAGAGCUGAAGAAGAAAGUUUUGAAGUUGGAGUUUUGUCUGCAAGAAGCACGAGCCCAGACUCGUAAACUCCAAAGAAUGGGAGAGCGUAGAGACAAAGCUCUGAAAGAGCUAAGAGAUCAAUUGGCUGGCAAACAGCAAGUCGAGCCUCGUGUGUGCGAGAACAGCGAUAAACAGAACUUUUGGGAUGCAUCAGGUUUUAAGGUUGUGAUUUCAGUAUCAAUGCUGAUCUUGGUCAUGUUCUCCAAGCGUUGAUGAUAUGUAGACUAUUUGUUGCAUAAUUAUUGUAUAUUUAAGAUUAAAGAUGGGGAGUAGAUUUAUGGGAGUUCUGUUUGUAGACUGUAUUUCGUAAUUGUAGGGUUAUUGAUAACUUGUAGUGGUACCUAGUGGAUUUUUUAUGAUCAUUGUUGCAAUGAAAGCAUAGAAAAAUCCUAAAUGAACUAUUAAUGCUAUAAUGUUGAUUGGAAUUUGGAAUUGAAAGUAGCUGUGGUGGUAGGCAG